GCCGUUGCCACUCUCUCCGCUGUCGCCAGCGCGAAGACUAUCCGCAUUGAUGUCGGCGAGAGCGGUUUAAGCUUUACCCCCAACGACAUCGAGGCCGCUGUCGGUGACAUUCUGGAGUUCCACUACCACCCCAAGAACCACAGCGUUGUUGCUGCCGACUUUGCUACUCCUUGCAAGCCCAAGGCUGAGGGUGGUUUCUACUCCGGCUUCUUCCCCACCGCUUCUGGCGAGAACCUGCUCCAGGAAAACGUCUUCCAGGUCGAGGUCAACAACACCACCCCCAUCUGGUUCUACUGCUCCCAGACCACCGGCAACCACUGCGGCGCUGGCAUGGUUGGUGCUGUCAACGCCAACGCCAACAAGACGCUGGAAGAGUUCAAGGCUGCUGCCGCGAAGAUCACCACUAACGAGUCUCCCAAGACCGGCGUCUUUGGUGGUAAGAUCCUGUCUGCUGCCUCUGCCACCAAGUCUUCUGGCAGCACCGGCACCUCCUCUCCUCCUGCGGCCACCACCACCCACAACGCUGCCUCUGCUCUUGGC